CUUUUGUUGCAAGCUGGAUGAAAUUUAGUCAAAAUAGAUGAAGUAUCGACACUAGGUUACAUUAUAUCAUAACCUCGAGUCUGGUUUUAUCGAAUUUUUAUUCCUAAAAACUGUUCAAUCAUACUUUGUGGGGCCUAAGAAACGAUUGAGGUUCGGAUGAUCUCGAAAUUUGCAGUUUUUCUAAUUUCUUCGAUUUUGUGCAUGCUAUUGUCUUGACUAUGAAAUGUUGGCACAAAACAUCUUACAUGCUAUUUUAGGGCCAUAUUUGUUGCUCUGUGAUUGACAUUGUCGUAAGAAGUGUAAAGAGGUCCGACAAAAAGUGUAUAGUUAGAGCAUCGAUUGUGUCAAGGUUGUGAAGCCCGUGAUCCGGUUUGAAAAAUGGGUAAAGAGAAAACUCACAUCAACAUCGUGGUAAUCGGCCACGUGGAUAGUGGCAAGUCUACAUCGACAGGUCACUUGAUCUACAAAUGUGGCGGCAUCGAUAAGCGUACCAUCGAGAAGUUCGAAAAGGAGGCGCAGGAAAUGGGAAAAGGAUCAUUCAAAUAUGCAUGGGUAUUGGACAAGCUGAAAGCGGAACGCGAACGCGGUAUUACGAUUGAUAUCGCAUUGUGGAAGUUUGAGACUUCUAAAUACUACGUGACGAUCAUCGAUGCCCCCGGGCACAGGGAUUUCAUCAAAAACAUGAUCACCGGCACUUCGCAGGCUGAUUGUGCUGUACUGAUCGUCGCGGCAGGUACUGGUGAAUUUGAAGCUGGUAUUUCGAAGAAUGGCCAGACUCGCGAACAUGCUCUUCUAGCUUUCACCUUGGGCGUAAAACAGUUGAUUGUGGGCGUUAACAAGAUGGACUCCACUGAACCACCUUACUCGGAGGCUCGUUUCGAGGAAAUUAAGAAGGAAGUGUCUUCGUACAUUAAGAAAAUUGGGUACAACCCAGCUGCAGUGCCAUUCGUACCAAUCAGUGGGUGGCAUGGGGAUAACAUGUUGGAGCCCAGCGACAAAAUGCCAUGGUUCAAAGGGUGGAACAUUGAACGUAAAGAGGGUAAAGCGGAAGGAAAAACUCUAAUCGAAGCUUUGGAUGCCAUUUUGCCCCCAUCCAGACCUACUGAGAAACCUCUGAGAUUACCGCUUCAGGACGUAUACAAAAUCGGCGGUAUUGGCACUGUGCCCGUAGGCCGUGUGGAAACCGGCAUCCUGAAGCCCGGCAUGGUGGUGACAUUCGCCCCGGUCGGCCUAACCACCGAAGUGAAAUCGGUGGAAAUGCACCACGAAGCGUUGCAGGAGGCCGUUCCCGGAGACAACGUUGGCUUCAACGUGAAGAACGUUUCCGUGAAGGAGCUGCGACGCGGAUACGUCGCAGGGGACUCGAAGAACAACCCGCCCAAGGGGGCUUCUGACUUCACCGCUCAGGUCAUCGUGCUGAACCAUCCGGGACAGAUUGCUAAUGGAUACACUCCAGUAUUAGAUUGCCACACCGCUCACAUAGCCUGCAAAUUUGCCGAGAUCAAGGAGAAGUGCGACCGCCGUACAGGCAAAACCACCGAGGAGAAUCCAAAGGCGAUCAAGUCCGGCGAUGCUGCAAUUGUCAAUCUGGUACCAACCAAGCCGAUGUGCGUAGAAUCCUUCCAGGAGUUCCCGCCGUUGGGCAGAUUUGCCGUCAGGGACAUGAGACAAACGGUGGCUGUGGGCGUGAUAAAGUCGGUAACAUUCAAGGAUACUGCUGGUAAAGUAACGAAGGCCGCCGAGAAGGCGCAGAAAAAGAAAUAACUAGCCGUGGCAGUCCAUGUCGUGGUGCAAGAUGGGCCACACCAUUAUUCAUAUGGUUGCGGCUGCCCUUGCCCACAGCAACGCAACUAUUUCCAUCGCAAAGAGUUUAGGAGGAAAAAUACCGAGGUCAUUCUACUACCAGCACCAACACCUGUACUACUAUUAUUGGGAUAUUAUUACUAUUAUUCGCGUAUCAUCAUCCGUUACUACCUUUUCUUAGUUAUUAUCAUUCGUUCGUCUACACCUACUUUUUCUUGUUCAUUUUUAUAGUAUAUAGUGUGCAUGGAACGCGAAACAAAUUCAAACAGGGUUUUUUCAGAUUUGUAUGUAAGAUGACGUAGGAUUUUUGUUGAAAGGUGAAACAUUUUUAUGCUAAAAAAACUUCCAUACCAAUUUGGUGAUAUUUUACUUACAACUACGUCGCUUCUGUGAUCUCAGAGUUACCAUUAUCGCCAUCAAACUUGUUGGAACAUAUAAACGUUUAUUUGACGUAAUAUCGACGUUUCAAGCGAUCUAAAGGUGAUUGUAUUUUCAGUGGUCAUAACGUGUCUUUAACACUGACAGAAUGUGGCAAAUAUAUGAUCCUGCAACCAUAUUUAGGAACAUGAAUUCUGGACCUAGUACACCUCAUGCCUUGUUUAUAUGUGGCAGUUGGUGCAAUGGAAAAAGGUUUAUGGAACGUUUCAUGAACGUUUUUUUCUGGACCUACGGUAUUCCACGUAGUUUACCACUUCACGUUGUUGUAACGUUUGAUAUACGUUUACAUGUUGACAUGGCAUUUGUUAUGUCGUAUUUUCUGGCUAAAUUGGCUCUUAUACUAUUAACCUCUUGUAAUACCGAUGCCUUGAUUUAGAUCAAGAAACUGGCUUACCCAGGUCAAGUAAACUUUUGUCGAGAAAAUGUCUGAACGUUCCUAUCACUACUGUACUACGUUUUUAUUGGAUGUAGCUAUGAGGUUUUUAUAAUAUCAUUUGGAAAGAGCAUUUCUGAUGUCAUAGGAUAAGUUAUCUUAUUAGAAGUUAAGUUGUUGAUUUUUGUUUUUUUGUUAAUUAAUGAAUGAUAGACUUGAUACAAAUUUAUGUAAUAAGCUUCUCUGAAUAAUCAAUAAAAGAAGCUCAUAUGAAUCCGAAAUA